CAAAGAUCGAACGAUGACGUCAUCGACUAAAAUAGACGAUAAAAGAUCGAUUCUCAUUGGCUGAUAUGCCGAGCUGUACGUUCUAUGACGUCAGAGAUUAGCAAGUUCAUACCAAACAAAACGUCACUAAAUGAUACCAGUCAGAGGGCGUGAUCAGUUCCUAUUUGUAUUGUUGAAUCUUGAGGAAGUGCGUUGAAGUGCACGCAUAUUGUGGCAUUUUGUUUGCAGUAGUACUUCGUAGCUUAAAGUGAAUUGUUCAAAAUAUCAGUGUAGUGUAUUUUCUGUUACGGAAGAUUGGUUUGUUUGGAUGCUGCCUUAGACUUCCUGUAGCUAGUCAAGAUGACAAUCAAAAUAUACGUUUCUGGGCUGUCUGGAAACUAUGAGGUAAAGAAGCGCCAGCAGCGGAUUCAGACUGUGCUGGACUCGUGUGCCAUUGCCUAUGAGCUGAUAGACAUUACGGAAGCUGGCUGUGAGGAUGAGAGAAAAUUUAUGCAGGAGACCGCCAAAGCAAAGGAGGGGGACCGGAACCCCCUGCCACCACAGAUAUUCAAUGACAAGGACUACUGUGGUGACUAUGACGCCUUCGAUUACGCCAACGAGACCGAUCAGCUGCACCAGUUUCUGAAGCUGAGCGAGGGCGAGGUGAACACCGCCCAGGACAUCCUCUCCGCAAACCGGCGCGCCUCCAUCAAAGAGCACACAACAGCGGAGAACGGCCUCGACGAAACGCCGAACGGCGACCAGACCGACGCCAAAGAAGAGCCAAGCUUCUGGGACGAGAAAAAAGAGGAGGAUGAUAGUCCAGGGUUCUGGGAUGAAAAGAAAGACGAAGACAAUACUGCCAAAGACGAAAAAGCAGAGGACGAUAGUCCAGGAUUCUGGGAUCAGAAAGAGGGAAGCCCAGUAAAAGAGGUUAAGAAGGAUGAGGAUGACAGCCCUGGUUUCUGGGAUCAGAAAGAAGAAAGUCCUGUAAAGGAAGUAAAGAAAGAAGAGAACGAGAGCCCUGGAUUUUGGGACGAACAGGGAGAUAACGAAAAGAACGAGGAACAAAGUGAAGAAGUAAAACCCUCCGAAGAUGUGGAAGCGGAACAUGCAAAAGAUGAAGAAAAAGAAUCCGAAAGUGAAGAAGAAGAAGAAGAAGAGGAGGAAGAUGACGAUGAAAACCCAGAUAUAGCAGAGUUGAAGGAUGUAGCACAGAAACUGCCGACAUCGGGCGAAGAGGAUCGCGAUGGGAAGAAAGAAGACAGCCCCGGCUUUUGGGAUCUGAACACUGAGGAAGAUUUGCCUGCCAGGAAAACGACUAAGGAAGAUAGUCCCGGGUUUUGGGAUGAAAAUCCGGAAGAUGAUUUCCCCACUAAAAAGGAAAAGAAAGAGGAAAGUCCCGGAUUUUGGGAUGAGAAUCCGGAAGAUGAUUUCCCCACUAAAAAGGAAAAGAAAGAGGAAAGUCCCGGAUUUUGGGAUGAAAAUCCGGAAGACGAUUUUCCCACCAAAAAGGAAAAGAAAGCGGAAAGUCCCGGAUUUUGGGAUGAGAAUCCGGAAGAUAAUUUUCCCACUAAAAAGGAAAAGAAAGAAGGAAGUCCCGGAUUUUGGGACGAGAAUCCGGAAGACGAUUUUCCCGCUAAAAGGGAGAAGCAAGUGGAAAGUCCAGGCUUCUGGGAUGAAAAUCCAGAAGACGAUACUCCCACUGAAAAAGAGAAGCAAGACGAAAGUCCUGGAUUCUGGGACGAAAAUCCAGAAGACAAUUAUCCCAGUAGAAAAGAAAAAGAAAAAAGUCCAGGGUUCUGGGACGAGAAUCCCGAAGACGACUUCCCCAGUAAAAGAGAAAAGGUUGAAAGUCCGGGAUUCUGGGAGGGGGAUGGGGAAAAAGAGGAAAGCCCUGGGUUCCAGGAAAGAACAGUUUCGGCAGGGGACGAAGAGAGAGGGGAUAAAUCGGGAGUAAGGGACGAGAGUGAUGCCACGCCAGUUAGAGGAGACGAGAAAGAGGAGACACGGGCAGCCGGGGAUGAUACUAAGGUGGCUAAUCCGUCUGCAGAGGCAGGGAAGGAGGAUGAUACCACGGGGUUCUGGGACGAUGUGGAUGACGAUCAUUCUGGGGGCAAAAAUACCGAUGAUAACGAGGGCUUUGGUGAUGGCAAGGAGGAUGCGCAAGCUCUCGGAAAUAUGGAGGUGGCUGGUGGAUCUCUGGGUCCAAAUGAGCAUCUCACAGCGGAAGCUCAGGGGAAAGGGGAUUAUCCUGGUUCUGGGGACAGAAUUAAGGAUCAGCACGCUGAUGGAAAGGGAGGGGAUGGCCCAGGGUCUGUGAAUGAGGGCGCCCAUGUUGAUCUGGACGAGGACGAGGAUCGCAAGGGAUCCGGUGACGCCCCUGAUGGCGAGAUGGUGGACGCCGACGCCGAUAAGACAGACGCUGCCGAAGACGAGCGUCGUGAUACUGAGGCCAAGACAGAAGCUAUGCAGCCAGGCUCCGCAGAGCAAGAGUCUGGUACUGGUAACGAAUCGGACUCGGAAAAAGAGCCCAAAGGCCAUGAUGAAACUGAAAUGGCAGAUCCAAAAGUAAGCGACAAAGGAGAUGCGGAGGAGAGCGUCGCAGCUGUUACUGCUGAUGGAGAGAAAGGCGCAGAGCCGGAGAGGGCUCAGGAAGGUGGACGCUCUGAAGGCAACGUUGACGGCACGGGAUCGCUGACUGGAAAUGGAGAUGGUAUUAAAGCUGAAGGGGGAGAGGCCACUGAUGAUAACGAGGAUGUCUCCGGUUAGAGAUGCGUCACAGGCUUGGUAUGUGGUCUUUGCCGGUGUGGUUUGUACCAGUUUGACUACACUUAACAGCGUUAUUGCAAUGCGAGUGGUACUAACAGCUUGGAGAUGUGGUAGAACGGGUAGUGCUCCACCAAAGUUGUGCGAGUUAUAACAAAAUAGUUCCGGUGUGUGUUUGAAAGCUUACGACCAUGGUAGCAUGCAAAUGUCUGACGUUUUAAUAAUGUCUGACGUUUAUAUAAUAACAAUAUCAGCGUGAGUUGUCUGCAGUUCAU